AUGGGGGCGUAUCUCUCGCAGCCGGUCACGGAGAAGGAGAGUGGGAACCGAAGGGAUGCGCGCUUCGACGGAGGAUACUCGGCCAUGCAAGGCUGGCGAACCAACAUGGAGGACCAGCACCUCCUCGAGCUCAACAUCGACGACCGCGGGACGGCCGUGUUCGGCGUCUUCGACGGCCACGGCGGCCAGGAAGUAGCACAUUUCGUGGAGCGACACCUGGUGGAGGAGCUGCGGGCGACGCCGGGGUACGGGAAGGGGGAGUUCGACGCGGCGCUGAGGGACGCGUUCGUGCGGCUGGACCAGCGGAUGUGCACGCGCGAGGGCUGCAAGGAAUUAAUGACCUACAGGGCCAAGGAGGACUCGGAGACGGAGGGGUCCGGGGGCGGGCCGCGCGAGAACCAGCUGAUGGCGCUGAUCAAGCAGCAGCUGGGCGCGAAGAGGGCGGCGGGGGGGGAGGACCAGGACGGCGACGGGAAGUACGUCAUCACCCUGGGGCAGGGCGGGCAGGGGGGGCUGCAGCUGACGGCGGUGCGGGACCUGGGGGAGGGCGCGGGGGGCAUGGACGACGACGACGACGACGAGCGCGGCACGGACGUGACGCUCGAGGCGCCCGGCGGCGGCGGCGGCGGCGGCGGGGGGGACAUGGACCUGGGGGGCGGGCGGUUCGUGGGCAUGACGGACCCGGACGACGGGCCGCCGGGGGAGGUCGAGCCGCCGAGCGCGGCGGGGUGCACGGCGGUCGUGGCCAUGGUCACGCCCGAGAACGUGCUCUACGUCGCCAACGCGGGCGACUCCCGGGCGGUGCUGUCGCGCAACGGCGUCGCCGUGGCGCUCUCGGUCGACCACAAGCCGGACGACGAGGAGGAGCACAGCCGCAUCAUCGCGGCGGGCGGCGGCGUCAUCGACGGCCGCGUCAACGGAAGCCUCAACCUCUCGCGCGCGAUCGGGGAUCUGGAGUACAAGCGCAACCGCCGGCUGCCCGCGGACAAGCAGAUCGUGACCGCGGUGCCGGACAUCCGCCGCGAGCAGCUCACGGCGCAGGACGAGUUCAUCAUCGUGGCAUGCGACGGCAUCUGGGACAUUCUGGAGAACCAGGAUGCUGUGGACUUCGUGCGGGAGCGCCUGCAGCGCGGAGUGGACACGGAGACGAUCUGCAAGGAGAUGUGCGACCGCUGCCUCGCGCCGGACACGCAGGGGACGGGCAAGGGCUGCGACAACAUGACGGUGGUCGUCGUCAAGCUCAAUAUCAAGACCUGA